UCUACAUUUGCAAGAAAGAGGAACAGGAAAACCCAUGGUCUGCAUUCAAAAUGAGUGGACAAGAAAUUCCUACAAAUAAACAGCUUUCCGACGUGAAACCCCGCUAUUAAUGUAUGACUCAUAUCAUUCAUUUCAUUCAAAUGCCACCCAUUGGAGCGACGCGGUCAUUCACCGUAACAGCAACAUUCACAAGCGUCGUUCACUCAUUCAUUCGCGGUAAAGCCUUCGGUGGUGUCGAACGUUGCUCUUGUAAUUCUUUAAGUUUCAAUUAACUUUUUAAUCGGAAAAACUAUCGCAACGUCAGCCUGUCUCAUUAACAUUUUGUAAUUAAAAACUAUGCAGUGAUUUUUUUUAAUUGUAGCCAGUGUUUUAGAAUUGCGGAUUUUGUUUUUUUAUUGCAACAUUCCUAAGAUUGAGUGUUGUGACUUGUGAGAAAUCUGUGUGUAUCCUGUGAAUUUGUGGCAGAUUAUUUGUUACACGUUUGCUAUAAGUGUUUAGAAAACAUAACACGUUGGAUUGUUCCACAGAUUACACCACAAUGUUACCACGGAAAAGAAGCACUUAUGUGCUGUUCGCUGUUAUCUUGCUGAUACGUUACUCUGAGCAACACGGAUCAGGGGCGCCAUCGGCGGCCUGCAUUGACCAGCUCCCGCGGCACUCGACCAUCCAACCCCAGUCCACGAUUCCUCCAUACAUUAUAGUGACGUCAUCAUCUCAAGUCAGACAAGGAGAUGUGCUCAAUAUAACUAUUGGUAGCCCUGCCGGCGCGCCCGUCCCUAUUGGAGGAUUCAUACUGCAGGCGAGACAAAUUCAGAACCCAGACGCCAUAGUCGGCCGGUUUCUGAAAGUGCCUGACCCUGAAGCGACACACCUGACAAGCUGCAGUAGCACCAACGACACCGUGACUCACUCCUCGCCUGAAGAUAAACCAGCGAUGACCUUCCAAUGGCAGGCGCCAACUGAUUUCUUAGGAGGCGUUGAAUUUAGAGCCACCGUAGCCCAAACCUACUCGAUGUUCUGGAAGAACGUGGAAUCUCCAUUAGUGGAGGUGGUCACUCCGGACACAGUAAUCACGACCACACCGCCGCUCCCGACCACUACUGGCGCUGCACCGCCACCACCAGUCAUCUUGGAGUCUAAGCCGAAACCGGCGACCCAGAAACUAGACGUGAUCUACCAAGGCUGUGACGACAACAAGCUCUGCUUUGGCAUUCCCGACAAUUGUAUCCCUAAAGGCAAUUGCGACGCCAUUGUUGCUGUGUUUGUCGCUGGCGACAUCUACACUUUUGAACUACAAGCCGCGAAAAACCCGAAAUACGUUUCAACUGGUCUGAGUAUGGAUAACAAAAUGGGAGAUGAUAGCGCAGUUGAAUGCGUCAGAAAUGAUAAUGGAAGAGUAUCUAUAUUCACUUCUUGGACUUAUCCUAAGGAAGAGCCUUAUGUAAGGAGGUCUGACUCGCCACAAGACAUAGUACAGUUGCUAGAAUCUUCCGUAAUUGAUGGGAAACUGUACUGUAAGUUCAGAAGGGAUACGGUGUCUGUGGUGAAAGGACAGACAUUUGACUUGGCGAAUAAUAAGUACAAUUUGAUGAUCGUCGCUGGUGAUAGUAUGAAAGAUGCGGAUCGCGUGGGUUUCCACACAUUGGCAUACCAGUCCACCGGUGAACCUUUAGCAUUGUCCACUGUUGGGACAGCUGCGGCCAGCUCCAAGCUGCUGCUGAAGCUCCACGGCUCCUUCAUGAUAGCUGCUUGGCUGGGAACAGCUUCUCUGGGAAUCCUUCUGGCUAGAUACUUCAGACAAGUGUGGGUCGGCAAGCAGCUUGGCGGCAAAGACAUAUGGUUCGCUUACCACAGAAUCUUGAUGGUAGCGACAUGGCUGCUCACCGUGUGUGGGUUUAUCCUGAUCCUGAUUGAGGUCGGCGGGUGGUCCACCACUGGAGACAACCCACACGCUAUUACUGGGAUAGUUACUGUCGUGCUCUGCUUUAUACAACCCAUUGGUGCAUACUUCAGGCCACACCCGGGCACCAAGAAGCGGCCGUGCUUCAACUGGCUGCACUGGCUGGCCGGCAACGCCGCGCAUAUCUUGGGAAUUGCAACAAUUUUCCUGGCGGUGUACCUGCAGAAAGCGGAGCUGCCACCCUGGAGCGUGUACAUCCUGGCCGCAUUUGUAGUUUUCCACGUCGUUAUGCACUUGGUCCUCUCUUUGACAGUGUGCGUGUCAGACGGCCGCAUCAGUAACGGCCGAGUGAACGCGUUCCCCAUGAAAGACAUGCUCGGACAGACGCGGCAGACGACGCAAAUCGAUAAUACUGACUCUUCGUAUUCCAGUUUCCGCAAGCUGCUACUAGGAAUAUACGCCCCAAUCAUUGUACUGUUCGCCAUCGCCAUGAUCUGCCUCGUCGCUUUGGCGCCAAUAGCUGACACCUACAAUACAAUUAUGGGAUCUUAAUGUGCCACGUGACUAGUCCACACUGUCCUGAAGUGUUUCUAUCUCUUUUUAACAUUCUAAUACUAAAAAGAGAAACACAUUUGCCUCGGUGACAAAAUAAUGUUCUCAGCGAGUCGAAACAGUAGGUAUCUUUUUCUUGUAUUUUUUUUUAAAUAUGUGGGGACAAUCACCACAGAUUGAUUUAGCCCCAAACUAUCUUCAAGACUUGUGUUAUGGGAAAUGAUAAGUACUUUAUUUAAUAAUCCCGCUAAUAUUAUAAAGGCGAAAGUUUGUCAGUAGGUAUGUUUGUUACAUCUUCACGGUCAAACAGCUGGGCCAAUUGAUAUGAAAUUUGGUAUUGAGAUAGCUGAUACCUUUUAUUAACACACUCUAUCCUGACAUUAUGCGAUUUCUGUAGAAUUUGGUCAAAAAAGUCUGAUAGUCAAUGGCGCUAAAGUAGAUGACGCUACUGUGCGAUUUUAAUAACACCGUUAGGUGCAGCACUAAUAUAUAUUAUGUAGAUAAACAUCCAAGACCCAGGUCAAUCUGAAAUAUAUCAUUGAUUUAAUAAAAAUGUACGUACUUAAUUCAUUGGAAUACGUUUGGAAAAUAGUUUCAUCUAACGAAUUUCUUUCAUUUAUUUUUUUAUGUAAAAAAAUACCUACUUACAGAGCAUCUGAAUUUAACUUUGGAACAAACUUCAUUAAUAUUUUCACUACUAUAUUAAUUAUCACGACAUAGUAUUAUAAAACCACGCAACGGAUUUUGAUGCAGUUUUCACCGUUAUUUAGAUAAUUUAUAUCAGAAGGUUUAUACAUUUAAUAAUAUAAGAUUUAAUUUUGUAUAGUCUGCUAUAUGAGAACAUAUCUAAACAAUUUAGAUUUGUAUUUUUUAUAGUGACGUUAAACGUCUAUAUCUGUAAAUAAUUAUUGAAAUAUACUUAUUUAAGUUCAAUCUCUGACAUUUCAAAUGUUUUAACAUCACUCACACAUAGAUUUAAAUAAAGAAUAUUUAUUUGUAACCAUUUUGUGGGAAGAAAUAAGAAAUAAAUGUAAUCAUACAUUAAUUUUAGCCAUGAAAAUAUUUAGGUAUAUACAUAUAUUUAAUGCAAUGUAAAUUAUCUUAAAACAUUAUUGAAAAAUAUAGAUGUAACUACCUAUUUACCAAGCGAUAAGUAGAAAUGUUAACUGUUGACAUGGGAACACUCAGGAAAAUAAGAACACUCGCAUUCAUGUAGAAUGCCAGACGUUGAUGAUUACAAAGAAAAAAAAGUGCCGGUAAAAAAUAUAGGUACCCAUAUCAAAUUUGAUUUUUGUCAUGUUUUGCCACAUAUAUAAAAACAUUACUUAUUGUUCUUAUAUCUGUGUUUUGCUUGUCAUCUACUUGCACGCCAGUAGCUAGCUCGCGCUGGUAGCUAGCUGGCAAGUGUAUUCCCGCCAAGUAUUCCAGUAUUAAUAGGUAGUAUCACUAUUUACUCCUGUACUAUAUUCAUGACUACUCAGCCCUUAUUUGUAAAAGUAUUUUUUGUAAUAACACCGUUCCGUUUAUUUUAUGUGUAGCCUACUAUUUUAAUAAAUUUACUUUUAGUUACUAAUACAAAUAAAACUAUUAUGUACGAAUCCGUCCAGAAUAUUGCUACAUAAUAUUUUUGACGAAUUUUAAAAAUCACGACCUUAAUGUAAAUAAUAGGUUUUUUAAAGUAAUAUUUAAAAAUAAUAAAGACAUUAGAACAUAAA